CACACACACACACACACACACCUCCUUCUCCGCCUGAAGCUCCGCUAUCUUUAGCAGCAACGUCGCCAAGGAUUACCGGAUAGACUACCUGCCUGCUGUCCGCUCCAUCGCUUCACAGAAUCAACUACACAACAGCGACACAACACCCACAAACGAUGGGGGAAUGACAACACAAUCCCCGCUUCCCGACAAGACCACCACCAACCACCACCACCACCACCGACGAUGCCGCCGCUCUCCAGCCCGAGGAGCGAACGUCAUCGCCGGGCCUCAGCGCUGCUUCUGGCCGUGGUCAUGCUCUGUGUCGUCCGCUCCUCUGCUAGCUUUUCAGCUGGCAGAAAGUGCCCUCGCCUUGACUGUGCCAAAGAGGGACGCAAUCUGUGCCCUCCCGGCCUCACCGUCUGUGGCUCCUGCCUGACCCCACUGGUGGAGAACGAGAUGGGACGCUGCGUGAUCAGGAAGAGAUACCAUCAACACGCUAAAACAGCCUUCUACCCAGACCCGGAUGAAGAGAUCGACUUUAUCCACUCCUACAUUGAAAAACAAGAAGUGUCGGCCUUCGAAGCACCGAAAACGCAGUUGAAACCUCCUGUCGUCUACUCCAAUGGCGGAAGCAAAAUAGACGCCUCCGAGCAGGAGGGGCAGUCAAGCCAAGAUGGCUCCCCGGCCGCAAGCCGGAACGGCACGGCCGCAGGCUCCGGCCGAGCGGGUGUCUCCAACCUGUCCACCCCCCAGCCCGGGGCCACCGGAGUGCAGGACCGAGCGGGGCCGCGUAUCGAGGCAGCUCACGGGGACGACAGGAUUGUCAUCAUCAUCAUCUCGCUGUUUGUGGCGGUCGGCACCGUGGCGUUGCUCCUGGCGACCGUUUGCUACAUCAAGUUGCAGAAAGAAUCGCGUCUGGCUCAGAAGGUGGACUAUCCCGCCUUCAGAGGAGCGGGAGUGACCGCCGCCACAGAUGCUGGUAAAUCGAUGGGAGAUAAGACGCUGGCCCAAAGUGCUCAAAUGUACCACUAUCAACAUCAGAAACAGCAGAUGCUCUCCAUGAAUAACAAAGCCCAACAAAAAGUCAUUGAUGCCGAAGUCACCUCAGAUGAAGAAGAGGCAGGAGACUUCACAGUGUACGAAUGUCCUGGACUUGCACCGACUGGCGAGAUGGAGGUGAAGAACCCGCUCUUUGAUGACUCCACCUUACAUUAUCAGGGCCAUCCAAAGUGAAUGCUACACACACACACACCUGCGCACACACACACACACACACACACACACACACACACUGCAUGCAGACCAAAUGGAGGAUCCCGGAUGAUUUAAAAAAAAAAAAAAAAAAAGUAUCUAAUAUAUAUUAUCGUUUCUCUCUUUGUCCCUUUACUAAUUGUCCCUUUCCUCCGUGUGAUGGAUGGAUGCUGCUUUUAUUGGCCCUCGUGUAAUGUUGGCUUCUUCUUUGUGACUUUUUCUUUGUUUUAAUUAAAUUUUAAGCUCUUUAUUAGUUGCACUUCCUCUCCUCCACCUGGUUCUUAUUUGCAGCUGUUUCCAAAGAAUGUGACACAAACACACACACACACACACACACACACACACACACACAGGCUAUAUCUACAUAAGCGGAAAAACAGGUGCCCACCCUUGUUUUGUCAUGCGUAGCUUGUGGCGGAACCACAUUCCGUGCAAGAUAGCCGGGACAUAUUUAGCAUCCCAUCUCUCCUCAAAGCAAGGUUUAGCAUUGCCGUCAGUGUCGCCCAGUUGAUAUAAGCUGCACUUCAAGUCUAUAUAUAUAUAUAUAUAUAUAUAUAUAUAUAUAUAUAUAUAUAUAUAUAUAUAUAUAUAUAUAU